AAGAAAAGUUGGGGUACUCGGAUACAAAUCAGAGGGAUUUGUUUCAUCCUCCUGGGAGCAGAUUGUCGAUUGUGUGAUUCUUCUUCUCCAACAAAGCAGCCAUUGCUACAACAUAUAUGCUAGUCUUGUAUUCACUGGCGCUGGCAAUGGCCUCAGAGUCGGUCAUUUCUGCCAAGGCCGGCGGGUGAACUACCCGAGAAUUAUUCCUCUCGAAAAAUUUCAAGAAACAGACUUUCUUUUACCCUUUCAUCUGCUCCACAAUAUCUCAACUGGAAAAUUUAAGGAUACAGAUAAGCAGUGUAAUGGGAUUAUUUUGGAGCCUGAUUGACAUGAGUGUGGAUUUGAACGGGGGAUUACAUGCUGUAAUCAAAGAGAGUAUUGGUCCUAUUGGAUGCUAUGCAUCGCGGUUGAUGGCUGGUAGUAUGCGUGAAAAAUUACAGACACCAAUUGUUCGACUAAAUGCCUGAGAUGUACAAUAACUGGAGAUGUCAACAACGAGUCUUAUUCAAUAGUGAAUUAAGAUGGCAAACCCACAAGCAAGAGCCAACCUGGCCACACAAGCUCAGAGCCAGAGGAAUUUGAAGUUUUGCAAGGUCUUUGAUGCUAACAAGUACUUCAACAAACUGCAUAUUCCCUCAGCCUAUGCUUCAUAUAUGCGAGGAAAUUUGCCAGAUAGAGCAGUGCUCAGGGAUUGCGAUGGGAACAUGUGGGCUGUGGAACUUGCUAAAGUUGGAAGUGAGUGGUUUUUCCAAGAGGGCUGGGCCAAGGUGGUUCAAGAUAAUUUGAUUGAACAUCAAGACUUUCUUGUUUUCCUAUUUGAUGGUGAGAAAGUUUUUGAUUUCACAAUCAUUGGAAACAAUUUAUUGGAAAAGGAGGGAGUUGGUAGUUUGAAGUUUCAGUUGGAGGUGGAAAAAGGAAACGGGAAUGGAGAGAAGGCACAGGAACUCAAUGAUAUGAAUGGAGACAAUCUGAUUGAGGAGAAAGAACAACCACUCAAUGGUGUGAAAAGAGACUUUCAGAAGUUAACAAGUCCUACCAGUGGCUCAAGGAAAUACAGAAGUGAAAAGAAUGGGCAAGAAGGCGCUUCAGCUAGUGAUGGGAUAAAAAAGAAGGCCAGACAUGACUUGUAUGGUGCAAGCAUUUUCAGAUCAGGAGAGCAUGCCCUGCCUGAGAAUCCUUAUUUUGUCACAAGGAUUAGGACAAAGAGACAGAAUGCUUUGUUCAUUCCAAUUGAUGUGAUUAAGGAUUUCAGACUUGAUCUUCCCGAAAAUAUGACUCUACGUGACCCACUUGGGAGGACUUGGCCUGCAUAUCUUAGGACUUGGAAGGAUGGCCGAGCAUAUUACUCAGGUGGAUGGGACAACCUUUGCAAGGUUAACUCUAUUGAUGAGGAGGAUGAUUGUGUGUGUGAAUUUGUGCCUGGACGAGGUCAGGAGAAACCUGUGAUGCAGAUCCAGAUUAUCCGGCAGAAGAAUGCUCCUGAAACCUGCGACUAAUCGUGUGUGAUGAAUAGAACGUUUAAUAGAAUUUGGUUUAACCAGCCUGAAAUUAAAAACAUUUUCAAUUUGUCGUCUUGAUGUUAUAAACUUUGAGGUGUUCUUUUAUCUGAAUUAGAAGACGUUUUCGAAGUAGCAAGUUUUUUUAUGUACUUGGUAGCAUUUCCCC